UAAUAAUUUUAUUAUUUUAACAUCUAUAAUUAUUUUUGUAGCAUCGGUUUAUUUGAAAACAACCUAGACACUUGUUUAACCGCGAUUUUCAACUGUUAAAAAGUCAACCUGAAUAUAUAGAUGUGCGUUAUUCUUGUGCAAUUUUGCUGUUUUCCAAUAUAUGAUUGCAGUAUUUUAAGGUAAUAUGAAAAUUUUACGAUAUAUUACAUUAAGAGUCCAAAAGUUAGGGUAUUCCGGAUUAAAAAUAUCAAACAGAUUGAUUUUGCGUCUAGUACAAGAUAAAACGCUUUAUUUAUAAUAAAUGAUUUCAACACUUUCAUGAAUGCAGUUCCGUAUCGAUUUAUAAUUCCCUUACAUUUUUUAAUUAACUGUAUAGAUUUAAAAUCGUUUAAUCUGCUAUACCAUGGCUUACGAAAAUUUUAACAUGUAUAGCAGAGAAGGUAUUAAAAAACCAAAGGUGAUUGUGGAAUCAGUGAAAAGUGAUACUAUUUAUACUCCAUUAUGGAUAAACGAUUUUUGCAAUAACAUGGAGUUAAAAAAGUCAAUUUUCUCAAGAUAUUACUUAAGCGAUGCAAGACUUAACUCUGUACUUAGAAUGACUGACAAAGAAUUACAAGACACAACUGAAAUUGUCAUGAAAUUUGUGAACAGUCUUUAUGGAGACUCCAUUGCCCAACAGUUAGGUCUUACAAACAAUAACUCUGUUAAUCCUGAAGAAGCACUGAGAAAAUGGAACAUAAAGGAUUAUAUGGCCAUGGGAAAUGCAUAUCCAUAUAAUUGCGUAUUUAAUUUAAUGGAAAAUGCUCCUUUGAGAUCAUCUGAUCCAAGAUUGGUCAAAUUAGGAUUUGGGAAUUUUUCUCAAAACACCUUUCAGACUAAUACCUCAUCUUCUACUAACAGCAUAGGGAAAAACAGGACAGUUGAUAAAGUUGGUUAUUGUCAUCAUUUAAAUGUAUCAAAAAUUAAUAAAGAAACACAAUCAACUGAUAAAAUUCCUGUUAAAAAUGAAAAUAAUUAUAAAGGAAAGCCACUUGUGUCAUUAGAAGUAACCACCUUUGCAAAUGGGAAACUUGCUAAAAUGAAUUGUUUAAAUAAAACUAACGAGAGUAGCAUACAAAAAACAAAGUUAUUCUUCACUUUUACAGAAUAUCAGAAACUUCUGAAUGUUCUCCAUAAGAUUGCUGCAGCACGUACUGAAAGUGCAUCCUCACAAAAGCCCAUGGACAUUAUUGAGAACAGAUGCAACGUGUGCUUUAACUUUAAUACUAACUGUAACAGAAAUGUAAAUUAUACAAAUAAUACCGUACAAACAAACUACAAGGGGAAUGUGGAAAAUACGUUUGCAUAUACUAAUACGACAGAAACUUCAAAGUUAAUCUGUGAAAAAAAAAAUGAGAGUAUGUCGCAUAAUCAGAAGUAUUGUAUGUCAACUUAUACAAGUCCUGAAACAAAAGCAAAUGUCUGUAGACCUAACUUAACGAAUGUUUACCCAGUUAAUGAAUCAAAAGAAAAAUAUAAACCCAGUAAUCACAGUGAUUUAUUAGGUUGUAAUGAAAGAUGCCCAAAAACGCGCAUUACUCUUUCAAAUCAAAAGUCAAAACCAUCACACCUUUAUGACUACGAAGGCAACAAAGAAAAUUUGCAGCAAAAUAAGUUAUUUACCAAACGAGUAGUGUCUCGUCCGUUUCAGAAUUGCUAUGAACACAACGAUUUUGUUGAAUGUAAAGAUUUUGAUAGUUUUCAGUUAAGUAUGAGACAGCAAAUUAAUUCUAAACACAACAAAAAAAUUGCUGUAACAAAGAAAAAUAAAAAUUUAGAAUCUGAAAAGAACAAAAUUCAGUCUGGGUCUGUUCAAAAGAAGAACAAAGUUUUGACCACUCAAAGCAGAAAUGUACAAGUUAUCCCUUUAGCGCCGAUUACAACUACAACUGUUAAAAGCCAGAGAACAAAUAAGAAAAAAAAUUGUAGGGAUAGUAAAGAUUCUGAUAUAAACAAUAUAAUUGGGGAUGAAUUUUUAGAAAAUACAAUGGAUGUGAUUGAUUGGAUUGAAAAAAACAGUGACACUUUAAACACUGUCCAAUGGUGUAAGUCGGUAAAGGAAAUAAAAAACGACCUGUUAAAGGGAAUAGAUGAAAAAGAAAAUAACAAUGAAAGUGAAAACAAACCUUUAACCGAUAAGACAGGCACAAAAAAGAAAAGCUAUUUUAAUGACAAUAAGAGAAGCACUCAAACAGACGAAAAAGCAAAUCCAGAUAUUAAAAAAGAAAAUCAUGAAAAUAAAAUACUUAAAGAAAAUGUCACGCAACCUAACAAUAAUACAGCACAAUUCUCUCAAAUAUCAUAUGAAGAUAAAAUUGUACUUGGAAAGAAUCAAAUUGCAAUUCCCAGUACAGAAGCAGAAAAAAAUAAAAACGAAACUGAGCACGAAAACAAUAGUAAUAAAUCUAAUUCUAUCUGUGAUCAAAUUAAAACAACACCAAAACCUGAAGAUGGUACAGAACAUCAGAAAAGCUGCGAUUCUGCAGAAGGAACAGACUUGCUACCAAAUUCUAAUGAAGAUAAUAACCAAAAGGCUUAUCCUUACAAUUUAAGGAAAAGAAAGCCGGUUGUAUAUUUUUAUCCAUCAGGUACUAUUCAAUAUUUCACGUAUCAUGUAGGUAAUGCAUUGCUUAUUCUAGUGUUCAGAAGAAUUGUACCGAAUAGAGAGUGCAAGAGGGCAAAAACAAGAAAUAAUAAUAAAAAAGAAACUAAUUAAAAAGUUAGUAACACUUUUCUUGAGCUUUAAAAAACCUAAGAGUAUUUUAUAUCUUUAUCAAAAUCUAAUCAUUUAUUAGUCAUUUUCUGUGAUCAAGAUAGGUGCACAUUUUUCAAAUAAAUGUAAGUAAACAAGUAAGUUAAGAUGCGUUAAAAAAAUGUAUAUUUUUAAUACUAACAGACAUUACAUACAUGUGCCAUAAAAUUAAUGGUAGCUUUUUUAUGCCUUUUGAAGGAGGAAUACCUUUAAGUUAUAGUUAGAAUUACGCUUUAAUUUGCUCUACAUUCGACGAUUAGCUUUUUUAUUUUAACGAGUUAGUUUAUUUUUAUUUAUUUAGAAAACUGAAGUAAGCACAUUUUAUUUUUUCAAAGGGCAUAAAAUUUAGUGCAAGAGAUUUAUUUUGAGUUUUAUUUUUAUAAUUUCAGUUUAUGUUUAUGUUCUUUGAAUUCCUUUUUCUA